AUGUUUAACCUGGAUAUUUCCCCUCAUGUCCAGUUCAUUGUCUCAGGAUCCCUGUCAAUUGCAGCAGGAGUGAAUCCUACAAAAAGCCUGAUCAUCAGCAGUCUAACUCUGAACACUAUCAGCUCUGUGUUGGCUGCAACUGCAAGCAUAAUGGGUAUAGUCAGUGUGGUUUUGGGUUCACAUUCUCCGUUUCGUUAUAAUUAUACAAUCACCACGGGUUUGGAUAUUUUGAUGUUAAUUUUAAAUAUGCUAGAAUUCUGCAUUGCUGUGUCCAUCUCUGCUUUUGGAUGUAAAGCGUCCUGUUGUAACUCCAGUGAGGUUCUUGUAGUGCUACCAUCAAAUCCUGCUGUGACUGUGAUGGCACCCCCUAUGACGCUUCAACCAUUGCCACCAUCAGAACACCAAGGGAAAAAUGUUCCAGAAAAUGUAUAUAAGAACCACCCAGAAGAAAUAGUCUAAUUUUCUUGUGUGUAUGUGAAUGUGUGUGUGUGUGUGUGUGUGUGUGUGUGUGUGCAUUUCCCUGAAAUUAACACUUCAUUGCCCUGGCUUUUGGGGGGAAUAUCAGACAUGCCAUAACUUUGUAAAUCAAACAUCUACUAGUACAACAACACUUUAACAUCCUCCAUUGAUUGUAUGUACAAGGGGCAAUGAAUUAGCAAAGAUAUUUUGAAAGCAAAAUGAAACAAACAAACAAGCCAGCAAACAAAAUAAGACCUGUUAAUAAAGUGAGGUCUUUUGCAAAGAGUAAAGAAAGGUGUUCACAUUUCUUUGGGGCUUUUGCUAAAUAAGUAGAUUUAGCUGCUUUUGAUCAUGUACAAACACAUGAAUUAUGUAUAUUAUAUUACUAAUGAUAGGAACCAAUUUUUAUCUCUGUGCAUAUUCAUCAUAUAAUAGCAUACUCUAUACUUUAAUUGAUAUGGUAAAAAUUAUAAUAAAGAGAAGUGACUGAAAUCAGAAUACCUGAUCCUUAAAUAUACAAACA